CAGUGCAGAUAUACCUGGCUGGCUUACAUCUAGCUGCUAGUGGACCACCACCCGGGGGGUCACACUGUGUCACCGCCGCCCACCUACCGUUCCCAUGUGGGCGGCAUGCUGAGGUGAGCCUUAUCCCGAGUGCCAGUGCAGAUAUACCUGGCUGGCUUACAUCUAGCUGCUAGUGGACCACCACCCGGGGGGUCACACUGUGUCACCGCCGCCCACCUACCGUUCCCAUGUGGGCGGCAUGCUGAGGGCGCCGCUGGGGCUGCGGCGCGGGGAGGCGCCCGGGGACAGCCGGCCGCCCAGCUACUGCUCCAGGGCCAGCUCGCGGCCCGGGGCGCGCCCGGCCACACAGCACAGCCGCGAGCCGGAGCCGGGCGCCGUGGUGAGCGUGAUCAGCGUGACGGGUGCGGACGGCUUCAAGCUGGCGCCGCAGGACGACUCUCUGGCCGUCUCGCUGAGCAAGGGCUCCAAGCCGCGGGGCCACGUGGUGACCAUCGUGCAGAGCGACGCCGAGGCGAGCCCGGUGAUCGUGACGGUGUCCGGCUCCAGCAGCUGCGCGCCGCAGCCUCUGGACGGCGAGAUGGAGAUCCUGGCGCACUUGUAGCAGUCACUCUGUUCCUGUCUCCGACUCUUCGAUAGCUUUUCUAUCUUCGGAUUAUUUUUUAACUGUAGCCUACUGUAACAAGUAUGGAACCACGCUAUAGCCAAUUUUUGAGAAGAAAAAAAAAGUAAAACAAUGUUGAUGACGUUUGCACCGUUUUGAUAGUGACAAAUUAAUUGCCGCAGCUUUAGUACAAUGUAUUUUUUCAUUUUUGUGUCUUUUUUUUUAUGUAGUUUUUUCUUAAUUUUGAAUUUAUAUAGACUCUUAUCAGACUUUUAUCAAGCGAAGUCAUAUUAUUGGCUUUGCAUAAUUAUGAUCUCUGUUUAAGUUCAAGUCUCAUAUAAAUCUUUAUCAUGUUUUGUCUUAUAAUCUGAUAUGUGUUUAAAUUUUCUAAGCAAAAUAUUUUCGCAUUAAUAAAUUAUUGAAUAGUUACUAAGAAAAACUAUUUCUUAAAUAGAGCUGAAAAUACUCAGGAUUGAAAUAACGAAAUAACAGUUUUGUUGUGUUGUUUUAUAUAAUAAAUACACUUCAAUGUUUUCUUGUUAAAGAUUAUAAAAGUUAAUAACUAUAGCUCUUGUUAAAAAUGUUACUAAACCAUUCACUCUAUUACUUAUAUAUUUUCUAUAUUUUCUUUAAAUAAUGGCAAUUCAAUCUGCUUUAAAACAAGUACAAAUUUAUAAAAAAGAUAGUUUCUAAAAAAAUUGAAAGGUCUCUGAACUGUGGUUUUACUAUAAACUGUAAUGAAAAUGGUCUAAUUAUGCAGCUUUAAAGUAUACCUAUUUCUUCAUAAUUUCUUAAAAAGUACCAUAACAACUGUAUUUGUAGUCCAUAAUUAGUUUUUUAUUUUCACUUUUUGAGUUUUUUUAAAUAAUGUAACAUGUUUCUGUUAUUUGAAAUAUUAUAUUCUAGAAAUUUUAAAGU